AUGGACCGACGAGAAAUCCUCUCAAAAGGCUCUGCCUUACAAAAGGCCGUCGCGGGAAAAGAACCGUCCGAGAACAUUAUAACUAUUCUACGCGACCUUAAGGCGAACGUCCGACCGAGCGAAGAGCUGCUACGUGCCACUGGGAUCGGCAAAAUCGUGAACAAAGUCAAAGGCGUGCCAAACAUCGACCCGCAAGUCGCACAGCUCGCCUCGGAAAUCAUCAGCCGAUGGAGACAUGUGGUGAACGAACAGAAGCUGGCCAGCGGGACUUCAACCCCGGUAGGGGCGAGAUCGAAUGGGACGAGUUCACCGGCACCCAAAGCAGCCACUCCCACCCCCAAAGCCAGCAGCCCGGGCGUCGCACCGGACAAGAGGAAUUGGAAAGUGGACAAAGUGCCGCGCGACGACCUCACCAACGACUCGGCCCGGAACAACUGUAUAGGCCUGAUGUACGACGGGCUGUGUUUAGGAUCGGACCUGCCGAUGAAGCAGAUCCUAGAACUCGCGAAGCAGAUUGAAUCCGCCGCUCUGAACCUGCCGGAUGCAAAAGGGUCGUCGAACUCGCCCGUGUACAAGGACAAGAUCCGCUCUCUGUACCAAAACCUUAAGAACAAAUCCAAUCCCGGUCUGCGCGGGAGAAUUUUGAGCGGAGAGGUGACGGCGGUGCGGUUCGUCAGCAUGACCCACGAAGAGAUGAAGUCCAAACAGCAGCGGGAAGAGGAGAUCAAGAUCGCCAAGGAGAACAUGAACAACGCCAUGGUCGCGCAAGAGGAGAAGAGCGUCAGUACGAGUCUCGAGUGCGGCAAAUGCCACCAGAAGAAAGUCAGCUACUCGCAGGCACAGACGAGAAGUGCUGAUGAACCGAUGACCACGUUCUGCGAGUGCUUGAAUUGCGGGAAUCGGUGGAAGUUUUCUUGA